UUAUAGCUGCCCACACACUGAUUUUGAGCGUGGAUGGGUUAGUACUUGUACGUCUUUGGAAUUGAAUAUGGCUCUAGACGAAGGAUAUAUCGUUACAAAAGUCUAUCGUGUAAUAAAAUAUGAAGAAAGUGAUGAUGAAUUAUUCCGCCCUUACAUCGCGGAGUUCAUGAAACAAAAGAUUGAGUCUUCGGGCUUCGAUAAAAAGAUUAAAGGGAAUGAUGAUUUGGAAAAGAAAUUUAUCACUGAAUGUAAACAAUUAUUUGGAAUUAAUAUCGAAAAAGAAAAAAUGAAUCCAAACAAAGGCAAAAGAGCUUUGGCUAAGCUUGCCCUGAACAAUCUUUGUAAAUCUCUAUUUCAAAAAAAAAAUUUUUUUAAUUAUUUAAGGGGGUAG